GUUGAGCAAAAGUAUAAAUAUGAAACGUGCAAUUAAGGCUACAAACAAGUGAAACAAUUUGAAUUUCGAGAAAGAAUGAUCAAUAUAUCUGUUCACUGAUGUUUCAAUUGUGAAACAUGUGUAGCGUGGAAAAUGGUUACGAUAACAUUAAAUGAAAAGUCCCAAUAUUAUCAGGAACAACGUCAAUGAAAAUGGGUAGCCAUUUUGAUUUUUGGUACGCGAAUAUCGUGGACCAUCGUGAAAAGUAUUUGUCGUAUGAUAGACUAAACGACUGUGGACGUUUAACUAUGUCCAUAGUUUUUUUCGCAAUUGAUUAACCCCUUACAGUGAAUCAAAGUCUCGUACGGUACGUAUUGUUAACGAUAAAAAGUCAAGUUGGAAGAAAAUAUUCGGAAUGCAAUAUAUAUAUAAACCGAUACAGGCCAAUAUACCAGGUGCAGAAUAGACUAUGCAAAAGUGAGUGAGGGCGCACAAUUCGCGCCCUAGGAGGCGAGGCAUUUCUCGCCGUAUUUGUCAUACGACUUGUGUAAAAGGUGGGCGACGACAAUACACUUGAAGCGGCUUCGUACCGUUUCAUACGUGUGUUGUAAACGUUAGAUUUCCGGACUCGAGUUUCCUGAAAACGACGUCCUUGACUGGUACUGUUUGACAGCUAGAAAACUAACCCUUGGUUCGAUGCCCUUCAGUGCGAACGAUCUUUUAUAUAACCGGUUUACACAUUUUACAAUAUGCUGCCGACUUGUACGAGCGUGCGACCGCGACGCGUUUUUAUAGCACGUGAAUUUGUGGUCGAAUGACAUUCAAAAACUAGGAAGAAAACAGUGUGUGUUCAUUUGUAUUACUGAAGCUCAUCAUAUAUAUUUGAAAACAUCAUUGAGAACCAUGAAUGCUUCAGAACACGGGUUUAACCCAGCCUUUAACAUGGCCUCUAUAAAACAAGCAUUUAAUGAAGCAGUAGAAAGAGUUAGAAUGCCUGCACCAACACGAUUGAGAGAUCUUAUUAGACAAAUAAGAGCUGCUAGAACUGCAGCAGAAGAAAGGACAGUUGUUAACAAAGAAUGUGCUUAUAUUCGUUCUACAUUUAGAGAAGAGGAUAGUGUAUGGAGAUGUCGAAAUAUUGCAAAACUUUUAUACAUACAUAUGCUUGGAUAUCCCGCUCAUUUUGGCCAAUUAGAAUGUCUAAAACUUAUUGCAUCUCCAAGGUUCACAGAUAAACGAAUUGGUUACUUAGGUGCAAUGUUACUAUUAGAUGAACGACAGGAUGUUCAUCUUUUAAUUACAAAUUGUUUAAAAAAUGAUUUAAAUAGUUCCACACAAUUUGUCAUUGGUUUGGCAUUAUGUACUUUGGGUGCAAUUGCAUCACCAGAAAUGGCAAGAGAUUUGGCAUCUGAAGUUGAGAGGCUAAUGAAAUCAGCAAAUGCAUAUAUUCGGAAGAAAGCAGCACUUUGUGCAUUUAGAAUUAUUAGACGUGUACCAGAAUUGAUGGAAAUGUUUCUACCUGCUACUCGUAGUUUAAUUACAGAAAAAAAUCAUGGUGUAUUAAUUACAGGUGUUACACUUAUUACAGAAAUGUGUGAAAACAGUGUUGAUACCUUAAAUCAUUUUAAAAAGGAAUGCGGCCAUCGAGAGAUUGUGCCAAAUCUUGUACGAAUUUUAAAGAAUUUGAUACUAGCAGGAUAUUCUCCAGAACACGAUGUAUCUGGAGUAUCUGAUCCUUUUCUUCAAGUAAAGAUAUUGCGUCUUCUUCGAAUCUUAGGGCGUAACGAUAUUGAUGCAUCUGAAGCAAUGAAUGAUAUACUUGCACAAGUUGCAACCAAUACAGAAACUAGUAAAAAUGUUGGAAAUACAAUUCUAUAUGAAACUGUAUUAUCUAUUAUGGAUAUAAAAUCUGAAAGUGGACUCAGAGUAUUAGCAGUGAAUAUAUUAGGUCGAUUUUUAUUAAAUAAUGAUAAAAACAUCCGAUAUGUUGCUUUGAAUACAUUAUUAAAAACAGUUUAUGUAGAUACAAGUGCAGUACAAAGACAUCGCUCAACAAUUUUGGAGUGUCUAAAAGAUCCCGAUGUAUCAAUUAGAAAACGAGCAAUGGAGCUUAGUUUUGCACUUGUAAAUUCAAACAAUAUUAGAAAUAUGAUGAAGGAAUUAUUGCUUUUCUUGGAACGUGCUGAUCCAGAAUUUAAAGCUCAAUGUAGUAGUAAUAUAGUAAUGUCUGCAGAAAGAUUUGCCCCAAAUAAACGUUGGCAUCUUGAAACACUAUUCAAAGUUCUUGUUGCUGCUGGUAAUUAUGUUCGAGAUGAUGUAGUAGCAUGCACUAUUCAAUUAAUUUCAGAAACACAAUCACAACAAAGUUAUGCUGUCAGCGCAUUAUGGAAAGCAUUAGAAAAAGAUACAUCUGAUAAACAACCUUUGGCUCAAGUAGCAACAUGGUGUAUUGGUGAAUAUGGUGAUUUAUUAUUAUAUGGGCCACCAUUAGAAGAUAUAGAUGCUCCUGUUAAUUUAACAGAAGAUGAAGUUAUUGAUGUCUAUCAAAGGUUAUUAUGGAAUCCACAAAACACAGUCGUUACAAAGCAAUAUACUUUAUUGUCUCUCACAAAACUUAGCACAAGAUUCCAGAAAGGCAAUGAAAAAAUUCGUCAAAUAAUUGAUACAUUUGGAAGUAAUUUACAUAUAGAAUUACAACAACGAGGUAUUGAAUUUUCACAAUUAUUCAGAAAAUAUGAUCAUUUACGACCUGCAUUACUUGAAAGAAUGCCUCCUAUGGAAACUGCAAGACCACAAGCUAAUGGAAUUAUUGGUAUGGUAAAUGGUGAACCAGAACCAGAGGAAGAAAAAUCUUCAGUCUUAGAAGCAAGUAGUCCGUCAUCUGAUUCAAGUGCCCUUUUAGAUUUGCUUGGAACUACUGACUUAGGAAUGACACCUUCGGUAUCGAAUAAAAAUACAUCUGUUAAUUCAACAACUAUAGUAAACAAUAAUGAUCUUUUGGACCUUCUUGGUAGUUUGGAUUUAAAUGUACCCACAUCUACAUCUACACUACCACAGACACAAACAUCAUCGCAAAUAUUUAAUCCCACUAAUACAACCAAUUUUUUAGUAGAUGGUUUGCUUAAUUCAUCAUCAGUUCAAAAUGAUACUCUUACUAUGAUUGUAUUGGAUAAAGCAGGACUUAAAAUAAUCUUUAGAUUAGAAAGAUCUCCAGAUAUUGCUGAUUUAUUAAUUAUUAAUAUGUCAGCUCAAAAUUCUGGAAGUGCAAUAUUAACGGAUUUUUUAUUUCAAGCAGCAGUUCCUAAGACAUUCCAACUACAAAUGUUAUCACCAUCAAGCACAGUCAUUCCUCCCUCUGGACAAGUUACUCAAGUAUUGAAAAUUACGAAUAUCAAUAAAGUACCUUUAAGAAUGAGAUUACGUAUAUCAUAUACUGGACCAACAGGACCAGUUUUGGAACAAACAGAAGUGAAUAAUUUUCCUUCAUUAAUAUCACAGUGACAAGAUAUAUUAAAAAAGACAAUUGUACAUAUACCUGUCUAAAUAAGUAAUUGAGUCUUAAAUGGACUGAAUUUCAUCUCUUCAUUGAAUAAAACAAAAAUAUAAUGGUAAAAGGAUAUGUUUGA